AUGCCUUCUCUUCUACCCGGGUUUUACAAGCCCUAUUCCCGGCAGUCCAAGUUAUCACCAUCCAUCGCAUACAUGCAUGUCGCUAUUCUUCUGGGCAUUACGCUCCACGAUCUGGCAAAUGGCAAGCCUUGUUCGCCAUUCUAUCGCCAAACCACAGCAGAAGACGAUCCCAAGGCCCUCCUUGCGGCAGCCGCGAUUCCUUCUCUACCAGCCCAUCUCCAACCAACGCUGCCCCAGAUUCUUUUCCCCCACAAACCAAACCUUGACCUUCUGCCAUUUCCGCUUUUACGGGCCCGAGCUAUAACUUUGACAGCGACAAAUCCUCAGCUGGUUAAUCCUGAAGAGCUCAAGAUGGACAUCCUCCGCGACGGGCUGAUUUGUUGGAAUAGCAGAAGUGACGAUAAUAAUGGAACUAGGCAGCCUUGGGACAUUCAUAGCUGGGAGGCAGCGCCAUGGUUCAAGAAGAAGUGGAGUAUGCUAUUUGACGAGGAAAAUAAUCAUGAAUUAUGCUGAGAUCCUUAUUGCAAUUACUAACAAG